AUGUGUCCGUUCCCCCUAGCUGAGUUUCCAUUGCGUGAACUUCCUGUUCCCUAUAACUACCGUGUGUCCAGCGACAAAAGCACUCUAGAGAGUGGUAGUGCGGUGGUUGCUGCCGCUGGUACUCAUCGAAAUUCCACGAAAACCAAUGUGGUUGACAUGCAAGAUGGUGAUGAGGAUAGCAGUGAACUCCAGAGGAAAAGAACUGUUGGUUCUGGUGAGUCUACUCCAGAACACGAGAAUUUCAAAAGAUCAAAGUCAAACAAUCACGAAUCCUUUCGUCAACCUAAUUUCCAGUGUGCUGUUGAAUCAUCCAUGGAUAUUGAUGGUAUCCAUAACUUGUCAGAGCUACCUAAUGAUGCAGAGAGUCUUUCGAUACCCGUUGACGAUACAUCGGCUGCUCCUGCUGCGACUAAUACGGCUGCGACAGCAGGUAGUGAUACCAACAUCAACAUUAACAACACUGCCAUCAAUAGUAUCAAUCUCAUGGAAGAGGGCGCCCUGCCGUUGUCGCCGACAGCUUCUUCUCCAGGUACCACGACCCCAUUAGCUAAAACCACGAAAGGAAAUAAAAACAACGAUAUUACCGAUUUAAUAGAGUCUAAAGAUUCUAUCAUCUCCCCAGAAUACCUGUCUGAUGAAAUUUUCUCUGCAAUAAACAAUAAUUUACCUCACGCGUAUUUUAAAAAUUUGUUGUUUAGGUUAGUUGCGAACAUGGAUAGGAGUGAACUAUCUGAUUUGGGAACUCUAAUAAAGGACAACCUAAAGAGAGACCUGAUCACAUCUCUACCUUUUGAAAUAAGCCUAAAAGUUUUUAAUUAUUUACAAUUUGAUGAUAUCAUAAAUUCGCUUAGGGUUUCGCAGAGUUGGAACAAGGUAAUCAAGAAAUCCACUUCCUUAUGGAAAAAACUACUGGUAUCUGAAAACUUUGUCAGUUCAGAAAAGUUUAACUCAUUCAACCUCAAACUGUCAGAGAAAUACCCAAAACUUCUACAACAAGAUCGACUUAGAUUGUAUUUCCUGGAAAGUAUGUUUAUCCUGAAGAAUUGGUAUAAUCCGAAAUUUUUGCCACAAAGGACUACGUUAAGAGGCCAUAUGACAAGCGUUAUUACAUGUUUGCAGUUUGAAGAUAACUAUGUCAUCACAGGAGCAGAUGACAAAAUGAUUAGAAUCUAUGAUUCGAUAAAUAAAAAAUUCCUAUUGCAACUGUCAGGUCAUGAUGGUGGGGUUUGGGCUUUGAAAUAUGUACAUGGUGGUAUCUUGGUCAGUGGUUCCACCGAUAGAACGGUGCGAGUUUGGGAUAUCAAGAAGGGCUGUUGUACACAUGUGUUCAAGGGCCACAACUCAACGGUGAGAUGUCUCGAUAUAGUAGAAUACAAGAAUACCAAGUAUAUUGUUACUGGUUCGAGAGAUAACACCUUACACAUCUGGAAAUUGCCCGAGGAGACUUCCACUACAGAACGUCAAGACGAUUAUCCGUUGGUAUUUCAUACCCCGGAGGAAAAUCCAUAUUUUGUGGGUGUUUUAAGAGGGCACAUGGCAUCUGUAAGAACUGUUUCUGGACAUGGUAAUAUUGUUGUCAGUGGGUCCUAUGACAACACACUGAUCGUAUGGGAUGUCGCCCAAAUGAAAUGUCUUUAUAUUCUAAGUGGACACACAGAUCGUAUCUAUUCAACUAUCUAUGAUCACAAAAGGAAACGAUGUAUCUCUGCAAGUAUGGAUUCCACCAUAAGAAUUUGGGACCUGGAAAAUAUUUGGAAUAACGGAGAAUGCUCGUACGCGACAAACUCUGCGUCCCCAUGCGCCAAGAUUCUGGGUGCCAUGUAUACCCUACACGGUCAUACGGCAUUGGUCGGUUUAUUAAGACUGUCUGAUAAAUUUUUAGUCAGUGCUGCUGCGGACGGUUCGAUAAGGGGUUGGGAUGCAAACGAUUACUCUAGAAAAUUCUCCUAUCAUCACACCAAUUUAAGCGCGAUUACAACGUUCUACGUUUCAGACAAUAUUUUGGUAAGUGGAUCUGAGGGUCAGUUCAAUAUUUACAAUCUAAGAAGUGGGAAACUGGUUCAUUCAAACAUCUUAAAAGAUGCUGAUCAGAUCUGGUCAGUUAAUUUUAAAGGCAAAACGCUGGUAGCAGCGGUGGAGAAAGAUGGACAGAGUUUCUUAGAAAUUUUGGACUUCAGCAAAAUGUCCAAAAUCAACUACGUUAGCAAUCCAGCAAACUCCUCUUCAUCAUCCUUGGAGUCCAUUUCUACUUCUCUAGGAUUAGCAAGGACCACUAUAAUACCAUAA